CUAUCUAUUCAUAGAAGUAUUUAUGCAUCAUCUACAUAGUCAUAUUACGCUUUUACGUCUGUGUACAGGAAAGUAGUAGUUGUAAGACGUAAGAGAAAAUAUAUCAGCUUAUUGUUAAAUAAUUAUGACGUUCUUUCCGAUACAAAAAGUGUAGUAAUUGUUUCCAAACUGCGUUACCCACUCCAGCCAGCAGAUGGCGAUGAGCGUCUUUCAGUUGACUCUUCUUGUGUGACGUAUAAUGGACUGGACGGACGCUUCUUCAGGGACAACAAAGCGCCAACUCUUUCGACCACCCCGAUAGCUUGCUAGACAACAUAAAAACUGAAAGAUUGACCUUUUAGGCCAUGUUAAUGUGCAUUAGCUAAUCGCAGUGUUUAAAACAAAUUUCAUUUGACGUUAACUUGAACCUAAUUUGCUUCUUCAAUUUGCAAAUUUGUUAAAGAUUGAUACUGAGCCGAGCACUAGGCUAGUCGCUAAUGCUAACUAGCUAGCUAACAUCCCUGACCAUGAGCUCAUUAAACUACUCAUCCCCUGCUAAAGAAGUGGAUGUCUGCUGUCCGGAGAAAGAAGCUCUGGCGCUGAACAUUGUCGUGAAAGACGAAGAGGAGGAUAUUACAGUGAAAGGAGAGAAAGAAGCUCUGCCGCUGAACAUUGUCGUGAAAGACGAAGAGGAGGAUAUUACAGUGAAAGGAGAGAAACAACCUUUCAGAAUGGAAGAGGAGGCUGUUAUAGGGAAAGAAGAGAAAACGGUGAAAAAGGUGAAGGAGGAAGACGUUUUGGGAGUGAAAGAGGAGGAGACAGAAUAUCAGAUUAACACCAGAGAGAGACAUGACUAUUGUGGAUCCUCUGGGGAGACUCAACAUCCUGAAGCUGACGAGGCAGAGAAGAGUCUCUCCAGAUCAGACCACCAGAUGGACAACGCUAGCCCUUCCUCCCUCCCGGAGUCCCUGUAUCGUGCCUCUCCCGGUAGCACCUUACUGCUGGGUAGGAAGAGGUUGUCUGUGCUGCUGGUGGACUGCAGGAAAACAACAGGGCUGAGUGGAACUGUGAGAGGAGGAGAAGAGAAGAAAGGAUCAGAUUUGACACAUCAAAGAGAAAGGCCAGACUCGGAGGAACCAGAGCCAGGGACGUCCAAACUAGCAAGACGACACCACUGCUCCCACUGUGGAAAGAGUUGUAACCGGUUAUGGGACCUGAAACAACAUGAGAAAAUGCACACAUGGGAGAAGCCUUACCACUGUUCCCAGUGUGGAAAGAGUUUUCACCAGAAAGCACACCUGAAAGUUCAUGUGAGAAUACACACAGGAGAGAAGCCUUACCACUGCUCCCAGUGUGGAAAGAGUUUUCACCAGAAAGCACACCUGAAAGCUCAUGAGAGAAUACACACAGGAGUGAAGCCGUACCACUGCUCCCAAUGUGGAAAGUGUUUCAACGAGAGAAGAUACCUGAACCGACACGAGGGAAUACACACAGGGGAGAAGCCUUACCACUGCUCCCAAUGUGGAAAGUGUUUCGACCAGAGAGGAAACCUGAAACGACACGAGAGAAUACACACAGGAGAGAAGCCUUACCACUGCUCCCAAUGUGGAAAGUGUUUCGCCCAUAGAGGAAACCUGAAACAACAUGAGAGAAUACACACAGGAGAGAAGCAUUACCACUGUUCCCUGUGUGGAAAGAGUUUUCACCAGAAAUCACACCUGAAAGCUCAUGAGAGAAUACACACAGGAGUGAAGCCGUACCACUGCUCCCAAUGUGGAAAGUGUUUCACCGAGAGAAGAUACCUGAACCUACACGAGGGAAUACACACAGGGGAGAAGCCUUACCACUGCUCCCAAUGUGGAAAGUGUUUCAGCCAGUCGGGGAAGCUGAAACGACACGAGAGAAUACACACAGGAGAGAAGCCUUACCACUGCUCCCAAUGUGGAAAGUGUUUCGACCAGAGAGGAAACCUGAAACAACAUGAGAGAAUACACACAGGAGAGAAGCCUUACCACUGCUCCCAAUGUGGAAAGUGUUUCAACCAAUGCUGA